AUGGAUGUAAGUACCACCUCCCCAAACAUGGUCGCUCAGAUGACCCCUGACCCCAUGGACCCUCUGUGUGGGGGGUGUGUCUCCUCCGGCUCUGUACCUCAGCCCAGUGCGAUGUGGCCGGUUCAGGCUUCAGGUUCCUCUUUCCCUGCUUGGCCUGGGACGUCCACACAGUUCACCCCCGCGGCUCCAGUGGUCCAACCCGCCGCCCCCUGCUGGACGGGACAGCCAGAUAUGACUCCGUGCUGGAGCGUCCCCUCUUCGCAGCAGAUGCCCUCCCCUGUCCUGGCGCCUGCCCCCGUGCCCAUGUCCGUGCCCAUGUCCGUGCCCGCCCCUGCCCCUCCUCCUGCCCCCAUGAUGGUCCAAGCUCCACAGAUGGUCCCGGCCCAAGCAGUGGUCCAAACCCCCAUGGUCUCGGUCCCUGCCGUGGCUCCGCCUCCCGCCAUGGUCCAGACUCCUGCCCCGGUCCAGCCCUGUCCCACUCAGACCUGCUGGACCCCCUCCGCUCCGGUGGUAAACCAGAUGCCCGCCCAAGUAUCCGCCCCCAUGUCCGCCCCAGUGCCCUCUACCGUCCCCGCUCCUGUCCUGACCCCUGCCCCCCUCACCGCACCCGUCGCAGCGCCCUCCUCUGGCCAGCGCCCGUACAUCUGGCCCCCGCGUCCCAGCUGGUACCACCCGGGGCAGUCUGGAUGGCCCGGGCAGCACCCGAACUUCCUGCCCCCGAACUGGCUCCCACCCACCUCAGGGCCUCUGAGCGUGCCGUACAAUCUGAACCUGUCCAGAGGAGUAUAUGACAAAAUGAUGAUGACCAUCGUGGGACAGGUCAAACCGGACGCUAAAAUGUUCACCGUAAACUUCCUCAAAGGGAACGACAUCGCGUUCCACAUCAACCCUCGCUUCAACGACGGCGGCAAACAGGUGCUGGUCCGGAACCAUAAAGUGGGCGAUCGCUGGGGCCCCGAAGAGAGGGACCUGAAGGGAGCGUUUCCGUUCGCCAAGGGGAGUCCAUUUGAGAUGAAGAUCCUGUGCACCCACGAGUCGUUCAGGGUGGCGGUGAACAACAUUCCCCUGUUUGAGUUUAAGCACCGCGUCGCCGAGCUCAACCAGGUCAACCGCAUCAACAUCCUGCACGACGUCGUCCUCAACUACGUCCACGUGGAGACGCUGCCGUAGCAACGCGUCAGGUCACUUUAGGCGGUACAAG